UUCCUCCCACACCCCAAAAACAUGCGUGAAUUGGAGACUCUAAAUUGCCCGUAGGUGUGCAUGUGAGUGCGAAUGGCUGUUUGUUUGUAUGUGCCCUGCGAUUGGCUGGCAACCAGUUGAGGGUGUACCCCGCCUCCUGCCCGAUGACAGCUGGGAUAGGCUCCAUCCAGCACGCCCGCGACCCUCGUGAGGAGAAGCGGCUCAGAAAAUACGAAACAGAGAGUCACCAGAAGAAGCCGAGGCAGCAGGAGGAGGCUGGCCAGGACGCAAAACCAUCCUCCCCAGACAAGGAACUCCUGCGGCCUCGCAACCGCAACUCAGCCGGGCGUGGCCUCUCCCGCCUUUUCUCCUCCUUCCUGAAGAGACGCUCGCAGUGUGAGAGCGAGGGAGGGGAGAAGGAGGAAGAAGAAGCAAAAGCUCCCAUUGCUGACCCGGAACCUGAGUUGAAGAUUGAGGGAGAGGUGGCCCACGACCAGCACUCAGUCAGCAGCGCUGAGGCCCAGGCUGCCCAGGUAGAGAAGAAAGAAGCUGAGGAGGGAGAGGAGGAGGAGGGUGGAAAAGACAAAGAGGUCAACAAGGAGAAAGCCGAGGUGGCUACACUGGAGAAUAAGGAGGAUAACAAGGAAGAGGAGGAGAAGGAGAAGGGGAAGGAUGAGGGAAAGGAGGGAGGCUCUGAAGUUAGCAGUAAUGGAGAGAAAGAAAAGAAAGUCACAGAAGAGGAGUCUAAAACUCCCAAAGCUCCACGUCGCCCCAAACCCAUGCAGAUUAAAGUCACCCUGCUGGAUGACACUCUGUAUGAGUGUGAGCUGGAUAAACAUGCCAAAGGCCAAGAACUGUUCACAAAAGUAUGCGACCACCUCAAUCUGCUAGAGAGAGACUAUUAUGGGCUGGUCAUCUGGGAGACACCCAACGUGAAGACUUGGAUGGACCUAGCCAAGGAAAUCCGCAGGCAGGUGCAAGGUGCCAACUAUGAUUUCACGUUCAAUGUGAAAUUCUACCCACCGGAUCCAGCCCAAUUUUCUGAAGACAUCACAAGGUACUACCUGUGUCUCCAACUGCGUAAGGACAUACUGCAAGGACGUCUGCCGUGCUCUUUUGUCACCCUGGCCUUGCUUGGCUCCUACGCUCUGCAAUCAGAAUUGGGCGAGUAUGACCCUGAGGUGCAUGGCAGUGAAUAUGCGAAGGAGAUGAAGAUGGCUAACGGGCAGACCAAGGAGCUUGAGGAAAAGAUGAUGGAGCUGCACCACACUUACAGGUCAAUGAGUCCAGCUCAGGCUGACAUGAUGUUCCUGGAGAACGCAAAAAAGCUGUCCAUGUACGGAGUCGACCUCCACCAGGCGAAGGAUCUCGAUGGGGUGGACAUCAUGCUGGGAGUUUGCUCCAACGGUCUGAUGGUUUAUAAAGACAAACUGAGGAUCAACCGUUUUCCCUGGCCCAAAGUCCUGAAGGUCUCAUACAAGCGCAGCAGCUUCUUCAUCAAAAUACGCCCGUCAGAGGUAGAACAGUAUGAGAGCGCUAUAGGCUUCAAACUACCCAACUACAAAGCAGCCAAGAAACUGUGGAAAGUGUGUGUCGAACAUCACACCUUUUUCAGGCUUACAUCCACUGAGAUGGUCACAACUCCCAGGAAGUUUCUGGCUCUGGGCUCCAAAUUUCGGUACAGCGGUCGAACUCAGGCUCAGACCAAACAGGCCAGCUCUCUCAUUGACAGGCCAGCUCCUCUUUUCCAGCGCACUUCCAGCAAGAGGAACUCCCGCAGCAUGGAUGGAGCCAUGGCGUCCACCCCAGACAACAAAUCGAGCCGCCCAGUCAGCGCACCCAUCAUGUCGCCGCUGUCUCCCGGGGAGAACACGCCAUCGCCGCUCUUGCACACCCUUCAUUUCGCCAACCGCAGCAACAGCUCCACACCUAAGUUCCACCGCUCUGCAGACAGGAAAGCAGAGAUAAAGGGCCAUAGUCGGAAAACUGAUUCCGCCAAAAGCCAGAGCCCCAGACCAGAGUCCACUCCAGAAAUGAAGACAUUGGCCAGGAGAGAACGGAGACGUUCCCCCUCUGUGACCACCGCCAAUGGGGAACGAGAGAAAAAGAACCAGCACUCUCCUCAGGACAAAACAAAGACGGAGAUGAUGCGAGUGAGGAAGCUUGACCCUAAAGGCUUGGCAUGCACCAUUUUCCUCUCUGACUCUGAUGACGUGGAUAAAACCCAGACUGAGAUCAUGCGUCACCACACAAGCAUCAGCGAGUUGAAGAGGAGUUUCAUGGAGUCCGUACCAGAGCCUCGACCCAGCGAGUGGGACAAGCGUCUUUCCACCAACUCGCCUUUCCGCACAGCCGGCAUCAACGGCCAGCUGCAACCAGCGUCUCCAGUGCUGAAGACCCAGACAAUCACCAUCUCAGACAUCACCAACUCUCUACGAGGAACUGUGGCCUACAAGGACAUCCCCUUGGUUCACACUGAGACAAAGACAAUUACAUACGAGUCAGCCCAGGUGUCUCUCCCACAGCCGGUGGACACCUUGGCAGAGCGGGACUCAGGAGUGCUGCUGAGUGCCCAGACCAUCACAUCCGAGACCAUCAGCACCACUACCACUACCCAGAUCACGAAGACGGUGAAAGGAGGAAUCUCCGAAACUCGCAUUGAGAAGAGGAUCGUUAUAACAGGAGAUACUGAAAUUGAUCAUGACAAGGCUUUGGCUCAGGCUAUUAAAGAAGCAAAAGAACAACACCCAGAUAUGUCUGUCACCAAAGUGGUUGUCCACCAAGAAACCGAGAUUUCCCCCGAGUAAGACAAGCUCAUCCUUUGGAAGAUGCCUACAUGCCUCUCCCACCCAUAUCACAUCCUUUUUACCUCAGAGCCACACCCAACAGCACUGCCUUGGACAUAAAACACCAAGAUCACAUCAGCGGGACUAACUUCUUCAUGGAACUAUGAACUUUAAGCUCUGUGAUUGUGAAGCUGUGUCACCGUAGAGUCGCAGAAAAAAAUUCCCAAGAAUCCUCCCAGUUCCCUCUCCUGUUCUACUUAAUGCCAAAACACUGACCGAGGGACAAUUUAAAAAGAAAACGUGUUUAAGGAAAGAGAAAAGGUACAACAGUUGUGAAAUGAUACCUCUCCAAUUUGGAGAUUUAAAGAAAAAUUUCAAAUGGGCAUUUGGUCUUUUAAUCUUUGUGAUUACUGAACUUUGUAUUUGUAUAGCUUUUCUUACAAUCAGAAUUGGUUAUCAAUAAUGUGGAUCACUGCAGUCAAGUGUUUUUUUUUAACAAUGUGAUUCAAACAGCAUCAACACAGGGAAUGUGGGUGAUUUUCUUGGGAUAGUACACAUCAAGACUCACGGUUCCCUUUAAUUUCUUGUUCAGGAUGUUUUUGUCACUUCCCUUUUAAUGUGAAGAAAUGUUUUUUCAAUCAAUCUGAAAAAAAUAUUGCCUGUCUUAACAUUUAAUCAGUUGUUAGCUUAUCAUUGUUUAUUGUUUCGUACUUGCUGUAGUGUUUGUGAAGGAGACCUUUACAUUUAUUUAUUCUCGACUGUCUUCUUUUUGUGUUUUUGUGUUAUAGGUCCUCUAAGCACACAUAUGUAGCUUUAUUCAUUUCUAUGAACAGCAUUCAAUUUACCACAUGCAACGUGAGUCAUUUCUACUGCAUUUUUGACAAAAGUGAGUUAUCAUUGCCUCAAGCAAGACAAGAGUGCAUAAGAGGUUAGAUUGUCGAUUUGUUUGCUUCGCUUGGGAUUAAGGGAUAAUUAAUUGAAUGUUUCUCUUUGAAGUACAAGAAGUAUUUGUGCCAUCACUUGACUAAUUUGCAUUUAGGCUGAUGAAGGCAAUAAAGAGGUCGUUGGUUUACGAUUGUCGCAGCAUAUAGAGUUUUAAGGUGAUGAACGGCAUGCAGUGAACUAGUUUGCACAGCGACGUAAGAAUGAUUAUGGCUUUAGUACUGUGUAAGCAUAGGUUAGUUAGUUAGUUAGUUAGUUAGUUAGGUUAGCUCGUUCCGAUUUACAUAUUACAAAUUUGGGUUACGUUCCUCCUAUAAGAAUGGAACUCUGUCGUAAACCGAGGACCCCCUGUAGGCCUACUGAUAAUUUGUACUAAUAAUUAGUAAUGCAAUGGAACCUCAAUCCACAUUACGUGAUGCUGGUUUAUUUCUAGAGCAAUUAUUUUCAAACCCUUACUAUGGUGAGCACUGAGGUGAUGAGAGGGAGGCAUUCAUAACAGUCGUAUACUGUAAGUGUAUACAUAUGUCAGCUCUUGUAGUCAAUUUGAACAAACAACAAAUCAUGCGCUCGCCAACUGAAUGUGUUGGCGUGUGGUAUACGCGUGGCACUGUGGCAAAAGUGUAGAUGAAGAUUGACGCGUGUGCCUGUGAGGUGAGUUUUGACGUUAACCCAUUAGCCUCCUUCAAGAGACUUUUUUAUUUGAUUUUAAUUAAUGAUGUUAACUUAUUGUUUCUUGAACAAUACAGUAUUGUACUGAGCAGCCUUGACAUGUCGUAUUAAGUUCUAUUUAAUGCUUCUUUGGUCAUCUACACCAAAACACACUUGUCAAUCAUUUCGAUGCUCUCAGAGCUGAAGUCUCCCAGGAUUUGCUGAUGUCAUGCAAUGUUACGCACGAUGACAAUUCAUUUUUGUGCGGCUUUUUUGUUCAAGAAAACUUCACAUUGUGACUUCAGAAGCGUUUGUCCUGAGAGGUUCCACUGUACGCACACAAAAAAUAACACUUUUUUUUUGUCUGCAUCCUAAUAAGGUUAAUAAAACGCACACUAUUUUUAAAUACAUGCACAUUUGCAAAGAAACCGAAUGUUAAUCGCUUUUGCAUCACGUUUUUAAAAUCUCAGUUCAAUUAGUUGUCAUAUUUUUUUUUUUAAAUAAAUACCUGUUACAUUUUCAAACAGAUUUUAACAUAUUCAACUGUAUAUCCAGACUAUCUCUUACAGUUAAAGUCAUACAAAUCUAGAUAAAAGAUGGUGAUCCAUUAAAUACUAUCUCACUAAAGGGAGCCGAUUUACCUCAGUUAGAACAGUCGUAAUCAACUCUUGCCUGUACUCUUUCACCAUUUUUCAUGUACAUGUGUAACUACAUCUACAAAUGAUUCCCAGCUAUUUUUUUAAUUCUAAGAACUGGUAUUUUUAUAAUGUCCCAGCCUUGGAUGCUGGCUUGACCUCUGAUUUGCAUUGCUGGUAAGUGUUGACACCGAAGUAUGUACCGUAGAUUUGAUCUGUACUUGAUACUUAAAAAGUAAGCGUGAAUUAGAUACCUACAUGUCCAUGUAAUGAUUAAGGAAAAUUGCAUAGUCAAAUACUGAAUUACUUUAAUAAACCACUCAAAUGUAUUUUCCAUGCCAUCCUUGUGUACAAUAUAUGACGGGCAUACAUUGUAAUCCAAUGAUUGUCAUAUAAGGUUUUUCAUAUUAUUGUACACACUAAAAUUUUACAUUACAUUCAUGCAAAUAUAAUUUGUUUUGGAGAGAACUUUAAGACAUCCUCCCCUUUGGUUACUACUGCUAACAUGUUUAGUAUGCCUGGUGUCAUUUUUAUUUUAUUUUUUUGCAA